UUUGCAUUUGAGAAAUUAUGAAAAGAGUCAAUUUGUAAAAUAAUAUGAUAAUCGAAGUUUAAUUGCAUACUCUAAAAUAAGUGUUUGUACAUACAAAUUAUAGGGUCAUCAAUAUUUAAUUGUAAAUAAAUUGAAUUUAACACAGAUAUUAUUUACACGCUAAAAGCAGAAUAUGCGAACAGACAGAAGUUUAACACCGUGGCUGACACAUGAUGCGAUCAAAUUUUCUUUCAAAAUAGCAAAUAUACUCAUUUGGAAUGCCUACCUUUUAGGAUAUGCAGAUGUCUUUCCAGUUGCAUAUGGCCAGGUUGUAAUCACUUCUAAUUCCACCGUGCAGACCGAGUACUCUUCCCUACAAAUCAAAUGCACUCUACAGUCACCUGUUGAGGAUUAUGCCAUCUGGAGAAGGAGACGCUAUGGUGAAACUAUCGAUACAACCGUACUUACCACAUUGAUAAAGGGCACUGACCAGUGCAUCUACGAUCCAGAUAUUCCUCCCGAUUAUAUUGUGUGUAGCUGCAGAUCCAUGGAGUAUACCUGCACCAUUAAACACCUGACACGUGAUCAGGAUGGAGAUCAAUGGAGAUGUACAAGUUCUAUAGCUCAACAGCAGGUGUCAAGCAGUUAUUUGACUUUUCAGAUAUUUAUUCAAAUAUCGAGCGUGACGCUAUCACCGUCGUUUGACACUGUACGGGUUGUUGAAAACUUUACCCAUACAUUCGUUUGUCGAACUGCAUGGGGGAAACCUGCUGCGAUGGUCACAUGGUACAAAUCAUCUGAGACAUCUGAUGUUGCAAUCACGACAGGAAUACAAUCUUCCCAAAGCAGACACAAAGAUAGGACAAUCCAGGUGACCAGUAUCCUGACAUACACAGCUUUGAGGGAAGACGCCGGCUACAGAGUGUUCUGUAGGGCAACAAAUGGUGGUGAUACCGUGCAUUCAACUAGCAGGCCUCAACUGGACAUAGUGUAUCCACCCACCGAUGGUCCAGUUAUAGAAGGUUUACCUGAUGCUGGUGUAUACACGAUGAUUCGUGGCUCGUCAAAUCAGCAACGACUGACAUGCUCUGUCACUGGAGGUAAUCCACUGCCAACACUGUCCUGGAACUGCUAUGUUGGUACACAUAAUGGUUCAAAGCAAGGUAACAUUGUAACACGGACUGUGUACUGGACUGCUGGUGUGAAUAAAGACUCAACCUGUACCUGCACUGCACUACACACUGAGACUAGCUGGACGAGGACUACGUCUGUUUCUGUCAUUGUACUAUACAGGAGUGCGAUAAUUGCAUUCUAUGUAAAUCCUGCCCAACAGAAUAUGACCGCUGAAGCAUCAGAAGGCAGUCCGCUCAAACUCACCUGUGUGACUGACAGUAAUCCAUUGGCUAACAUUACUAUGAAAAGAAAUGGCGUAACGGUACAAGAAAUGAGCUCUGUCAGACAGAUAGAGUAUAUUAAACCAAACAGCUCCUGCGAGAAUGACAUGGGGGAAUACUCGUGUUUGUCACAGAAUGAACUGAAUCAAUCUCCAGAGAUGAAGAUUCUGCAUUACUAUGUGUUAUGUAAACCGAGGCUAUCUCCAUUUGCAAAACUCAUUGAAAACGUAACUGGUAGUCUACUCUCUUCUGUUGACUUUUCCGUUACGGUGGUCGCAUAUCCAGCGCCCGUUUAUACUUGGCAGAAAUUUGGUGAAUCAGGCUGGAAAGACGUUAAACUCUCUGCAAGGAUAUCAAUCUUUACGUCCGAUGACCAGUCGCAAUCAAAUGUUAGCAUUUCUAAGAUCCAGGAGGCAGAUUUUGGAAGCUAUCGAGUACUAGCUAACAACUCACAAGGAGGGAUAUACAUCAUGCUUUACUUCUCCAUGGCCUCAUCUAGACCCGACACGCCAAGAUACUUCUUUUACACACAACCCCUGCAUCCUCAAGAUACAGCAAUGUUUUAUUGGCUUACUGGCUACAACGGAGGCUUCAUGCAAACAUUGUACAUCGAAUACAAACAAAUUGAGUUUCCGAGAUGGGAUCGAGUGUCUGUUGUUGAAGAUAAAUCUGUGCUUCUGAUGAACUUCACAGUCGAAAAUUUAAGUCCAGCAACAGACUAUCAAGCGCGGAUAUAUGCAAUAAACAAGAUCGGAAUAUCAGAUAUUAGUGAUACUAUUACAUUUACAACACUAGACAGCAAAACAUGUGCUACUCAGAGAGCGGUGUCCCAAAUAGGGUCAAUCGUUGCUGGAGUUGUGCCGGGGAUUAUUCUUGUUGGCGUCAUUGCAGUGUUGGUUUACUUGCGUCUGACUUACCAAUGCACGAAGAAGGGUGAAGAAAGCCGCGCAGCUGUUUACGAAGAUGUGAGCGGCAAAAACGAAAUAACAAAACAAGCCUACGAAGGAUUGCAGUCUGCUAAUGCGAGCAAAACGUCAGAUAAGGAUAAUCCGGAAAACGCCCCCAAAACACACUACGAGGCUCUUAGUAAGUAAAACGUUGCUAACAUCUAUUUUACCACAUAGGUAAUUGUAUUACUGCUUAUUAAUCGUUGGGUCUAAUUAUAUGUAUUACGUAUACAUUAAUUUACAUGACAAGUGGAACGAUUGUUAUGACAUAGUCAUGAUAGUAUUUUGUAUGUUCUCACAUAACUAACAUAACUAUAUUAUAUUUUAGCCCCCGACCAAAGGUGAGUGUAUUGUUUAUCUAUUCUCAUCACGUUUAUAUUACAGUUUAUAUAAUUAG